CUCCUUCCACCACCACAAUCACCAGCCAGAGACUAGCCACAUCGCCUCAUCGCACUCAUAUACGCUGUGUCUAGCUUACAGCCUUUUCCCCUGAUAGCGCUCAUUCGAAUGCUGUAGCUGGCUUCAAAGCCAGACCUCCAUCGACUCGACCCGACCUCAUUCGGAAUCCGCCUCGUCACCUAGCAUUCGCAGCCUGCCCACGCCCUGAUGAUCAAUAGCCUCGAUGCGCUCCUCUCAGAGCGCGGCCUCCUCCAGACGUGCUCCCUCUCACAUCUCCGAGACACACGCCUUGGCAUCGACCUAGACAUCUACCUGCAAUCUGUCCUCACCAACCCAGCCUCUUACGAACCUUACGUCGCCGCACUUGGAGGUGCACCUCUUGCUCUAAUCACGCACGUAGAGAAUGAUCUUCGCUACCUAGAGCGAUCCCGCAUUAAGCCCGUCUUCGUCCUCUCUGGUCUCCCGCCUUCGACAAGGAAGACGCAGAGGCCGAGCUUCAUCGAUGACGCUCACAAGGCGACGCUGAGGGCGCAGGCAUGGGAUGCGUAUGACGAGGGUGAUGUGGGCAAGAUGCAGGAGUUGCUGACCAGUAGCAGGAGCACCGACUUCACAGAGGUGGUGCGCAGCGUUCUCAGGGCCUUUAGACAUCGAAACGUAGAGUUCAUCGUGGCUCCUUACCUUGCUGGUGGGCAGCUGGUGUCACUUGAGCGACACCCAAAAGGCUACAUACACUCCUACUACGGGUCCACUUCCCUCUUCCUCUUCCCUAGAGUGGAGAAAGUCAUCCUCUCCCUCAACUUUGCGGCUGGGACAUUCACCUUUGCAAACAAGAAUGCUGUCAUGAUGGACCUGGGCAUUCGUACCGAGGAGGAGUUCCUCGACGUAGCUCUCCUCGCAGGCUGGGACCACGGCCCCACCUUUCCCCCUUUGAUCGACGGCACCCUCGCUCCCCCACCAGCUUCGCGCCCGACAGAGCGGGACCACCUGCCGGUCAAUCUGCGUCAAGUCAGCGAAAUGGUGCGCUCAAAUCGUGCUGGCGGACUUGGCGUCGUGCAGUCCUUCUCGGAUCACGCGGGCGUGCGAUCGACGCAGUUUCUCGAGUCGUUCUGCAAGUCCAAGGCGAUGAUCAAGUGCAGUCUGAUCCUCAGAGCUGAGGAUGGAGCCGUGGUGGCGCUGCCGAUGUCAAAUGGCGCUAUCCAGGGGGCACAGACGCAGGCGCCCACGGUCAAUGGCGCCGCAGGUGGAGCUGCUCCCGCCGCCGGAGGAGCCGGCGUCAAUGGCACAGGGCCCGCUGCUGGUGCUGCCGGCGCCUCCGCUGCUGCUUCGAGCGAUAUUCCCUCCGACCUUCAUGAAGUAUUCUCACACCGCCUCCCGGACGAAGUCUUCCUGCACCUCGCACGCGGCCUGAUCUCGCACCACGUCUAUACCUGGCUCACCACAGGCUACCUCGCCCACCCUGCACCCCUCGACAACGGCGAGACGAUGGAGUAUCGUCGUUUCGUCCGUGACAGCCUCACUGAGCUCCCAUCCAGCCCAAAUUGCAUCGCUCUAGCCUUGGCUUGCUCGGCGCUUAACCCUUUCUGGACCUCUCGCAAAGUCAAUGCAGUCUACUGGUGGAUGCCCACUACUGAGAGGCCCGUCCCGCACGACAGCAAGGAGACGCAGCAGCUCGUGAGCAGGCUGAACCAGUGGAAUGUACCCGUUGGCUUUGUCGACGAUGAGCUUCGCAACCAGAACUCAAGCACGAUUGACAUUGCUCUCUGCCUUGGCGCAACGAGGACGGACGAGCUAGGCAAGAGGACGAAGACGCCUAAGCGACCAGGGCAGGGGCAUCUGCUCGAGAAGAAGGACGAGAUUGUCGCAAACGUCAUUUGGAGGAUGCUGGAGCUUCGUGGCUUCCUCAACCACGACCACCUGCACACACCCUACGCCCGUGCCCUACACCUGGCCUUGCGAGCAUCGCGCCUCAAUGACAAGUUGCAAGAACCGCUCUAUCUGGCUCUGGAGCUCAUCCGAUCAGGUGUUCUGCAUGCCAAUUACUUCCAUGCACCAGCUCCCGCCGGUUCUCCUGCUCAAGCGAUGGGCGACGUACAAGUCUUCUCUGGCGGGCCCUCCUAUGACGAGACCGAAGACGAGAAACGCUACCUCCUGCUCGCGAUGCGUUGCCUGUCUCUUAUUCCGAUGCAAUACAGCCCAGACGCAUGGACCGCUCCCGUCUCGAGGGAGUUGCUUGUGUUCAGCUCAUUCGUCAAGGCUAUGGGCCGCUCUAUGCGACACCUUGUCGAGACGAUUGCCAGCACGAUGCUUCUCCGCUCGGACGCGAGGAGAGGGAGGGACGAUUACUUGGACAUCGCGUUGAGCCUCCCCUUCCAAGGCGAUGCAAAUACGGGGCUAGGCGUGGUGAUCAAAUGCUACGUCGAAGCGUUCGUGGCAUUCAAUGGUCGUCCUCCGACAGAAGAGGAGUGUCAGAGCUCAGAAGAGGUCAAGGAGAGCAAGGAGUCAGUGCUGGGCAUGUUGGAGGACACGUUCGGGAACGUCAAGAACGUUCGAGGGGAGCUGCAAAGGGGCUUCCGCUUCUGGGACAGUUUGAUGGUGGCCAUCAAGCAGCUGGAGGAAAAGCAAGCUGUGCCAAAGGAAGUGGUGAGGGAUUUCGAGGGAGCGAGCAAGUGGUUCAGGCCCUUGAGGAUUUGAUUUGAGCGGAGGAGAGUGGGAGAGGGGCGGAAGCUGCACGGCAAAGGUGAACCACCUGUCAAGAGUGACGGAGAUGGUCGUG